AUGAACGCAAACAAUAGGCAGCUAGUCAAGGAUAUCUACAAAAUAGGACUAGACCACAAGGACUUCAUCAACAUAGAAAACCUGGAAGAAAUAUAUGAAAAGAAAAAAAAUGUAAAGCUACGGAGAAGCGAAAUUGUGUACGCGCUGAACAUCCUCGAAAAUGCAAGAGCCUGCGCCAUAAAGAAUGAAAACAACACAAUCAUAACGAGGAUGCGAAGUGAAGAAGUUACCAAGAAAUUGAAAGAGCUGAGCGACAUUGAUUUUUUAAUUUUUACCAAAGUGGAAAAUAGCCAAAAUAAUGGAAUUUGGACAGCUGACCUGAGGAAGCAAACCAAAUUGCUAAUUCACCAAGUUCAGAAGGGCGUCAAGCUGCUGUGCGAGUGUAAACUGAUAAAGCAGGUAAAUAACAUUCACGUGAAAAAUCGCAAAAUGUACAUAUUGUACGAUUUGGAGGCCUCAGAAAAGGUCAUAGGAGGCUCCUUUUACACCGACGGAGAAUUCAACAAAAAGGUGGUGGACUACAUACGGGAGAACAUCUGCUUUUACCUGUACAACAACAACAACUCGAAUGUCCUGUCCGUCAUUAAUUACAUAAAAAAUCUCAACAGCAGCAUCGGUUACUUCUCCGACAAUGACAUAUAUAGAGUAAUAAAGACUUUGCUGUAUGAGGAGCGAAUCAAAAUUUACAAAAAUGGAAACGACGAGGAAAUAAUUUAUUAUUACAAUAAUGAGAAGAAAAACUACUUUAGCAACUUCCCCUGCUUCUCCUGCGACAUUUUUAAUAAGUGUAACUCGGACACGAAAACAGCCAUUAAUCCGAAGAAUUGCGUCUACUUGAAUUUUUACCUUAACCUGGAG